UGCGCCCGCGCCGACCAAACGAUACGGACCUCGCGGCGAACCGGCCGCUCGUGUGUGAAUAUGUGUUUGUGUUAGCAGUGCAGGAAAUAUGAGGCUGUUACUGCAACUGGGGGUGGUGCUGCUGGCGGCGGUGGGCUGCUUGGCGCAGCGCGCGCCCCGCGCCAUCCAGGGCUACUCCAACAGAAACUACGCCGUGCUCGGCGACCCCAUCCAAACGCCACUCAACGAGGACGGCUACUUCUACCCGCGGCCGAGCAUCCCUUUUCCGCCGCCGUCCCCGCCUAGUCAGCGUCCGCCGCCGCCCCCUCCGGUCAUAUAUGAGAGACCCACACCGCCGCCGCCCCCCCCUCCAACGAUAGGUUACAUAUAUACUCCUCCGACAACCAGGGCGCCUACUUACAGCACCUUAUUAAACAGCUAUGCCACAGCCACGACUGGUUAUGUCUACAACCCGCCCAAAAUAACCUUUACUUUGCCGCCGACGACGACUCCACGACCGACUCCCCCGCCUACUAUCCGAUACACUACUGGAUCUACUAUCAGACCCGUCACAAUAACUACACCGAGGCCAACUCCUCCUCCCACAACUGGGUACACUUAUACUACCCCUAGGAUCACUUUCACGUAUCCGCCUACCACCACUCCUAGACCGACCCCUCCACCAACUAUAAGGUACACGACAGGAUCGACAUAUGCACCAGUAACGAGAACUACUCCUGCGCCAACUGGCUACACUUAUACCACGCCUAGAAUACCUUUUACAUAUCCAACAACCAGGCCGACUCCCCCGCCAACCAUUAGAUACACAACAGGAUCCACAAUUAGAUCAGUCACAAGGACCACACCUAGACCGACUCCUUCCCCAACAACAGGCUAUACAUACACCACCCCAAAAGUAACAUUCACAUACCCAACACCACCACCUACCCCCAGACCCACCCCUCCCCCAACAAUCAGAUAUACCACAGGUUCCACGAUCAGACCAGUAACUAGAACAACGCCUAGAAAUAUUCCUACCACUGGCUAUACUUACCCUACUCCUAAAAUAACUUUCACAUAUCCAACUCAACCACCUACGAUUAGAUAUACAUCAGGAUCUACAAUCAGAGAAGUGACUCGCACGACGCCGAGGCCAACCCCGCCGCGCACCACUGGAUACACGUACACAACUCCGAGGACAACUUUCACUUAUCCAACAACGCCCAGGCCCACCCCUCCCCCUACGAUCAGAUAUACAACAGGUUCCACAAUCAGGCCUGUUACAAGAACCACGCCUAGGCCCACUCCACCUCCUGUUACAGGCUAUACCUACCCUACUCCCAGAGUAACUUUCACAUACCCAACAACUACUAGGCCACCGCCAACGACUCCGAGGCUUACUCCGUAUACCUACUCAACACCCGCCAUCACUUAUUUACCGGUCACAACGACUACUCCACGACCGACACCUCCGCGAACAACAGGGUAUACUUACCCUACUCCUAGAGUUACCUUUACCCUACCCCCUACUACAAGACCCCCUCCUCCUCCGACUAUUAGAUAUACUACAGGGUCUACAUAUAGGCCUGUAACCCAAACGACUACACAGCCGACGGUACGCUACACAUAUCCUACUCCUAGGGUAACUUUCACGUUACCAACGAUUAGGAUUACUACACCACGCCCAACGCCACCUCCGACUCAACCUAACACCUAUUUACCGCCAACUAGAGCCACGCCUCCACCAUAUAUUCCUCCGAGGAUCACUACUCUCAGGCCGACGCCACCGCCGACUCAGCCCAACACUUACCUUCCACCAACAAGAGCAACUCCUCCUCCUUUCAUACCGCCAAGAACAACUCCAAGACCGAUUCCACCUCCAAAGCAACCAAGUACCUACCUGCCUCCGACUUCUAAAGUGACUUUCCCACCUUAUAUUCCACCCAGGACAACUCCAAGGCCGACGCCACCCCCAACACAACCUAACACAUAUUUACCACCUACUAGGGCAACACCUCCUCCCUAUACUCCUCCCCGUUAUACACCACCUCCCUACGUACCUCCUCGAACUACUCCCCGACCGACCCCUCCCCCCACUCAACCAAACACUUAUCUCCCUCCAACAUCCAGGGUUACCUUCCCCCCUUACGUUCCCCCCAGGACAACUCCAAGACCAACACCACCACCAACACAACCUAAUACAUAUUUGCCACCAACCAGGGCCACACCUCCUCCCUACACACCUCCUCGAUACACACCACCUCCCUACGUACCUCCUAGAACUACUCCCAGACCAACACUUCCACCGACUCAACCCAACACUUACCUUCCUCCAACAACCAGGAUUACAUUCCCCCCUUACGUUCCGCCUAGGACAACCCCAAAACCAACCCCUCCCCCUACUAUACGCACUACGCCCAGGCCUAUCACGACCACUACCAGACGGACUCCUCCUCCGACAUUCAGGACAAAUCCUCCAACCUACCUACCACCAGUUACCACCCCGAGACCGACCCUCCCCACAACUGGCUACACAUACCCCGUGCCGAAGAUCACCUUCACAAUUCCGACAGUCAGGCCCACGCCACCAUCAACCUAUAUCCCUCCCGUCACUGUCAGGAGAACACCCCCUCCCACAACCAGACCUCCGCCCACUUAUUUACCCCCAGUACAAUCGUCAGCCAUCUACAUUCCAGUGACUAGAACAACCACCCCGCGCCCGGUGAUAAGAACCAACCCCCCUACCACUAGACCCCCCUUCGUCCCCAACCAAGGCUAUUUCUACGACAAACCUCUAGUACCUUUUGUCUUCUAAUUUAGAAAUAAUUAUUCUAAGUUGCCAUAAUUGUGAUACCAAACUGUACUUAAUGUUAGUACACAAGUCGCAGGUUUAUAUUUUAAGUUUGUUAUAACUGUAUGUAUAAAUAAUUUUAUAUAUGUAUAGGAUUAUUCGAGGUUACCGUGAUUCUAGUGAUUUAAUAAUCUUAAUGCGAAAAUACUCAAAAAUGUACGAAAACGACACUGCCUGAACUAAUGUUACUUGUAUAAAAAUAUAAAUGAAAAUGUUUACUUUUUAUUAAAAAGUAUAAAAUGUU